CUGUAAGUUAUAACAGAAACCUAUCAUGACAAGAUUGUUAACUGUUUGUAUUUAUUAAUUUUUCUGUGGAAUCUUUUUUCAUUAUUUAUUAUUGUUUUGUUUUUAUUUAACCGGAGUGAUUGUGUUCAACCUGAGUGUUGAGUGAAAAUGUUUUAUUCAGUUUUUGUGCUCGGUAAAAAGGGUCCCCUUGCUCGGGUUUGGUUGGCUGCUCAUUGGGACAAAAAGAUAACCAAAGCACAAAUAUUGGAGACUAAUAUUGUUGAAUCAGUUGAUUCUAUCCUUCAACCUCGUGUCAAAUUAUCUCUCCGUACUUCAUCACAUCUUCUGCUUGGUAUUGUGCGUAUUUAUGCUAGAAAAACAUUAUAUCUUUUACAAGAUUGUCAAGAUGCAGCUUUCAAGAUCAAGUCUGCUUUCAGGCCUGGAGCUGUUGACCUACCUGAUGGUAAAACAGAGGCUGCAAUUUCUGCUAUUACUCUUCCUGAAAUGUUAGACUUUGUCAAUGAUUUUGAUUUACUUGCUGAACCUCCUGUUCAAAUUGAACCUUUGCAAACUAAUACUAAUAUUCGUAGUAUUACCUUAGUUGAAGAUAUUGCUAGUAUGCCUGUUGACGUCCCUCUCUUUGGUGAGGGAAAAGAAUGGAAUGAGUUCAGUUCUAUUCAAGUGGCUAGUACUUCUAAGAUCAGCGAUACUUCUACACAAGAGAUAAGUCAAAAACAAACAUCACAUCCCCUAGAUAUAUUUGAUCGACCUACUGUCGAUGAUGGUUUUGGUGGCCCUGUAGGCUUGACUGAUGUCGACGAUAUGUUUGCCUUACCUGUUCCUCCUGAAGCCCAACAACAGAUGCAAGCAGAGGCUGAUGCUGCUGAAGAAAGGGAAAAGGGAGAAGAACCAGAAAGACCUUUAUCCAGAAUGAGUGAUAGAAGUGAUAGAUCUAGUAUGUCAUAUGGAGCACCACCAUCCAUCGCUCCAUCUGGCCCUUCUUCUCCUGGUUCACCACCUCCAAUGAUGAAUCAAGAUCAAGAAAUGCAGGAUAUUCCUCCCAUAAUCGAUGAAAAUCCUGUUCCUAAUGAAGAUAAACAAGGAAUUGACGAUCUACAAGGACCUGAAGAUCUUGAGGCAAUUAGAGCUGAACAAAAUAUAUUCCGAAGACCCGAAACACAACAAGAGUCGAUGGUUUUGGAACCAUUAGAAGGUUCAGGUUUUGAGAGAAAACGCAAAAGACGAAAGAAGCUUGGAAUUAUUAUUGACGAAGUUAAAACUUUAUCUGGUGAGGAGAUGAAAUCUCAACUUUCUGAUACAUCUGAUAUUGUUACAACUCUUGACAUUGCCCCUCCGACCAAGAAAUUAAUGCACUGGAAGAGAACUGGUGGUAGUGAAAAACUAUUCGCUCUUUCAGAAAAACCCAUUCCAUCAAAAGUUUUAUUAGUCUACUAUACUCGACAUCUUGUUACUACUCGCAUCUCUGUUGAAGAAGAAUUACCUGAAGAUAUGAUCCCAGAGCAUAUGGAAGAACCACAACCCCAAGAAGAGAUCAGAGAAAUGCAUGAGCAAAUUCAACAAAAUCAACCUGAGGAAAUUUAUGAACCUAUUGUUCCUCCAAUUUCUCCUCUUAAAGAAAUUCAACCACCAAAAACCCCACGAACUCCUCGACGAGAACCACCAGAACACAAAUCUCCUGUCAAGAAGAAGCGAAAAACUGCUGACGAACGAGAAACAGAGAAAAAAGAGCGAAGAUCAAAAGCUGUAUCACAUGAGCCUCCCCCCGAAAAAGUACCAAAUAACAUUUCUGAUCAUAUCAACGAUACAGGCCUCUCUGAGCUGAGAGAAGGUUCCAUCCAAAGUCCGGACAGAGCAAUGAGUGCACCUAGUAUUUCUCUUGCUCGGUCAAGUAAUUUUUCAAUCCCUCAACACGAUUUCGAUGAAGAUGAACCUUUCGAUCAAUACGAGCAACCUAUGUCUGUAGGACCGCCUGAAGAAAUGAUGCCUGAUGAAACUGCUGAGCAAUAUGAAGAACGAAUGAGAAAUAAGCGAACAAAUGUUCUUUUGCGUUUAAUGUCCAAACAACUUGAGGAUGGUGAUGUUACAUUUGGUAGACUAGUGUCUCAUAAUCGACGUAAACAAGUUGCACAGAAAUUCUUCUCCCUUCUCGUUCUUAAAAAGCAACAAGCAGUUGAACUGACGCAAGACAUAUCGGUUCCAUAUGGAGAGAUUUUAAUAACAAAAGGUUAUCGUUAUGAUGAGGCUUUAGCGGCUUGUGCCAUGUAAAUAUUAUUUCCAAAAACCGAACCAUUUUCAUCCUGUUCGUUUCCAUUGGCCCUCUUUCCUUUUUCGCCGGAGAUUCCCUUAUUCAGCAUGAAUUUUAUUACGUAUAUUGCAUGGAAAAUCUACAAAAAACAGACGAAAUGGAUGAAUAUAAAUAUAAAUACAAGUAUAUAUAUAUAUUUAAGUUUUGACCUUAAAUACGUCAUAAAAUCGGCAAAAAGUAUUCAU